AUUUGAGGGAGGAAGGGUAUGAACAGCCAGGCAGGAGCUGAGCCCAGUAAAGCAGAGGACAGAGGCUGUGAGAGUCUCAGAUGUUACUUCCCCCUGGUGGCAGACGACUGCCCUGCACCUCAGAACACGUGAUUUCUGGGAAAGGCCGUCCCUGGAGGAGAACUGAAACUUAGGGUGGGGACUGUAGGAAGGGGCGGAGAGAUCAACCGCCUAGCCAGGAGUUAAGCUGAGGCCCUCCGAGCCCUGGGACAGCCUGGACAGCAGCUCAGGAUGGCAUCAGGCAGGGCACGCAGCACCCGAAAACUCCGGAACUGGGUAGUGGAGCAAGUAGAGAGCGGGCAGUUCCCAGGGGUGUGCUGGGAUGAUGCAGCUAGGACCAUGUUCCGGAUUCCCUGGAAGCAUGCAGGCAAGCAGGACUUCCGGGAGGACCAGGAUGCUGCCUUCUUCAAGGCCUGGGCAGUAUUUAAGGGAAAGUUUAAGGAGGGAGACACAGGAGGCCCUGCUGCCUGGAAGACUCGCCUGCGCUGUGCCCUCAACAAGAGUCCUGAAUUUGAGGAGGUACCCAAGAGAGGCCGUAUGGACGUUGCCGAGCCCUACAAGGUGUAUCGGCUGCUGCCACCAGGAAAUCUCUCUGCCCAGCCAGGGACUCAGAAAUCACCAUCAAAGCGACACCACAGUCCUGUGUCCUCUGAGAGGGAGGAGGAAGAGGAUGCUGUGAAGAACUGCACACUCAGUCCCUCUGUGCUCCAGGACCCCCUUGAUGAUGAAGAGGUGGGGGCCGAUGGGGGAGCAGUCCAUUCAGACAUUGGGAGCAGCAGCAGCAGCAGCAGCAGCAGUAGCAGCAGCCCUGAGCCACAGAAAGGUGCAGACACAACUGAGUCCCCCUUUCCAGGGGAUCAGGUGUCCCUGAAGCUUCUGUUCCCUUCAGAGCCAGACUACUCGCUGCUGCUCACCUUCAUCUACAGUGGGCGUGUGGUGGGCAAGACCCAGGUGCACAGCCUGGACUGCCGCCUCGUGGCUGAACCCUCAGGCUUUAAGAGCAACAUGGAGCAGGUGGUGUUUCCCAAGCCUAGCCCACUGGAGCCCACACAGCGCCUGCUGAGCCAGCUCGAGAAGGGCAUCCUGGUGGCCAGCAACCCCCGAGGCCUCUUCGUUCAGCGCCUUUGCCCCAUCCCCAUCUCCUGGAACGCACCCCAUGCCCCACCUGGGCCGGGCCCACAUCUGCUGCCCAGCAACGAGUGUGUGGAGCUCUUCAGUCCUGACCACUUCUGCAGAGACUUGGCCAGGUACAUCCAGGGCCUGGGCCCCCUACCCAAGUUCCAAGUAACACUGAAUUUCUGGGAGGAGAGCUGUGGCCCCAGCCAUACUCCACAGAAUCUUAUCACAGUGCAGAUGGAACAGGCCUUUGCCCGACACUUAUUGGAGGAGACUCCAGAGCAGGAGGCAGCCAUUCUGUCCCUGGUGUAGCGCUUGGGGGACCCAUCUUCCACAGACUCAUUCUCCACACUGUUGACCUGUCUGUCUCCCUUUGUGAUAAUUCUCAAUGGUUGUGAUAGUUAUGUCUUCAAACUCUUCAGGCAUACUGGCUGGUGGAGACCUCAAGGAUAAUUUUUUUCUUUUUUUUUUUCUUUU